GAUGUAGCCGAGUGCUUGAAGCGAAUGAUCGCCCACGGUGCGGAUACGUCGAUUCAUUCGCCCAAGGAUGGUAAUCUCUUGGCCUUGGCCUGCAAGUACCUCCAUCUGGAGACAGCCAAGCUGAUCUUGGCUACGGACAUCCUGGCAUCCGAGCCGGAAUCGAUUGACCGAGCAAUUGAGGCCUGUAUGACCAUGACGGGUCGUGUGACGGACACGUUUGUGAACUUGCGGAGCAAGACGCGCGAGCUGCUGAAGCUCUGGACGGGCAAGGCCGCAAUGCCCAGGCGAGAGAGACUGGUGAUCAAGGUGCUGCAAGAUGCGGGUCAGUUGGAUCAGGGAGGCCUCCGAGUCUCGAAGGGCAAGAUCGUCCGUCGGGCACCGGCACCUCAGCUGGCAUGUGCGAAUAAGUUCUAUGACAAGAACGUCAAGAAGAAGCGCGAGAGGUUGCUGGACGAUAUCGGAGUGAUCCCCGAGGGUGUUUGGUCGUAGUGCAACGUGUACAGGAAGUGUGGAAAAAGGCUACUCCCCCCCCCCUCCCCCUCUCUCUCUCUUUUUAUCCUAUCCACUGCUGUUGUGGCCUUACUCUCUAUUAUUUCUUUUUCACAUGUGCGUAUCUUUUAUUUUUCUUCCUCUUCCAUAUUCCGUAAUAUGUAGCUAAUUAGUUACACCCGCAAAAAAAAAAAAAGAAAAAGAAAAUCAAUACACAAUUUUUUUUGCUAGA